AGAUUUUUUCUCUCAAGACCCGUCUCUUAAGCAGCCUUGGGCCUUCCUCCCAAGGUUUCUCAUUAAAAAAAUAUGAUUAAAAAAACAAAAAUGGAGAGGCCCUUUGGCUGCUGCGUCUUCUUCUUCCUCGUCUUUAUCUCAGUCGUUGUCGCCACAUUCGACGACGAACAUUCCUUCCCGGAAAACGCCGAUCUCACAGACGAUUUACAGCAAAAAUGCCUAAACAUCAAUAAAAUCGAUCCCAAUCUCAGAUUUGAAAACGACCGUCUAAAAAGAGCCUACAUUGCUCUUCAAGCCUGGAAAAAAGCGAUUUAUUCAGACCCAUUUAAAACCACGAAAAACUGGGUCGGAUCUGAUGUGUGUUCUUACAAUGGAGUUUAUUGUGCAGAAGCUCUAGAUGAUCCCAGCCUCACGGUGGUUGCUGGUGUUGAUCUUAACCACGCCGAUAUCGCCGGACAUUUACCACCGGAGCUAGGUCUAAUUACCGAUCUAGCUAUGUUUCACAUCAAUUCGAAUCGAUUUUGUGGGAUUAUCCCCAAAAGCUUAUCAAAACUCGUUUUGAUGUACGAAUUCGAUGUUAGCAACAAUCGAUUCGUUGGUCAAUUCCCAGAAGUUUCAUUAUCGUGGCCGUCUUUGAAGUAUCUCGACUUAAGAUAUAACGAAUUCGAAGGAAGUUUGCCAUCUGAGAUCUUUGAUAAAAAUCUCGAUGCGAUUUUUUUGAACAAUAACCGGUUUGAAUCGGUUAUUCCUGGUACGAUUGGAAAAUCCACUGCUUCGGUUGUCACAUUUGCCAACAAUAAGUUUAGUGGUUGUAUACCGAAAUCAAUCGGUCAGAUGAAGAAUCUCAAUGAGGUUGUCUUCACUGGAAACAAUUUAACCGGUUGUUUCCCGAAUGAGAUCGGUUCGCUUAACAAUGUGACGGUUUUCGAUGCGAGCAAUAACGGGUUUUUCGGUAGUGUACCAUCGAGCUUGUCCGGUUUAGCUAGCGUUGAGCAGUUGGAUUUGUCGAAUAAUAAGCUGACUGGAUUUGUUGCUGACACGUUUUGCAAGUUGCCUAAUUUGGAAAAUUUCAAGUUUUCUUUCAAUUAUUUCAGUGGAGAAGCUGAGAGUUGUGUUCCUGGGAAGAACAAUGGGAAACAGUUUGAUGAUACGAGUAAUUGUUUGAAGAAUAGACCAAACCAGAAAUCGGUUAGGCAAUGUUUACCGGUGGUUAGUCGUCCUGUGGAUUGUAGUAAGGACAAGUGUUCUGGGGGCAGCAACAGUGGACCUAAACCAUCACCAAAUACACCAAAGACGCCAGAAACUAAUCCACCAAAACCGAAAGAACCGGUUAUGCCAAAGCCUGAUGAAUCACCUAAACCAGAACCACAAAAACCAUCAAUACCCGAGACACCCAAAACACCAGAACAACCUACACCUAAACCUAUGCCACCAAAGCAUGAAUCUCCUAAACCGGAGUCUCCUAAACCACAACCACCUAAACCUGAAGAAUCUCCUAAACCGGAGUCUCCUAAACCACAACCACCUAAACCUGAAGAAUCUCCUAAACCUGAACCACCACAAAAAUCAGAGACUCCUGUACCGGUUUCACCACCAAAAGAAGAUCCAUACGACGCAUCUCCGGUUAAAAACCGUCGUUCGCCGCCACCACCCAAGGUAGAGGAACCACGUGUACCACCACCAUCACCGGUAUCUUCGCCACCACCUCCGGUUUACUCGCCACCACUUCCGGUUUACUCGCCACCACCUCCGGUUUACUCUCCACCACCUCCACCUCCGGUUUACUCGCCACCACCUCCAGUUUACUCGCCACCGCCUCCUCCGGUACAUUCUCCUCCUCCACCACCACCACCUGUUCACUCCCCACCUCCACCAGUUGCUUCUCCUCCGCCGCCUUCACCACCACCACCGGUUCACUCUCCACCACCACCGGUUUUCUCACCUCCGCCACCAUCACCAGUUUACUCACCUCCUCCUCCAAUCCACUCUCCACCACCACCACCUGUUUAUUCUCCGCCUCCACCAGUUUUCUCACCACCACCGACAAUUCAACCACCAAUCCAAGCUCCAACACCGGUUCAAGCCCCAACUCCAUCAGAAUCAGAUCAACCACCAAUUCAAGCUCCAACACCGGUUCAAUCCCCAACUCCAUCAUCAGAAUCAUAUCAACCACCAAUUCAAGCUCCAACACCGGUUCAAUCCCCAACUCCAUCAUCAGAAUCAGAUCAAUCGCCAAUUGAAAUUCCAACACCGGUUCAAUCCCCAACUCAAGUACCAACUCCAUCAUCGGAAUCAUAUCAAUCACCAGUUCAAGCUCCAACACCAAUUUUCAAACCGGUUCAUGCGCCAUCACCAUCAAACAAACCGGUCUCAUCACCAAAACAAUCAGAAGAAACUGAACCACCGGAAGUAUCCACGGACAAAACUGCACCACCGCCGGAAAACAAUGACGGUGAUUUUGUCCUACCACCACACAUCGGAUUCCAAUAUGCAUCCCCUCCACCACCGAUGUUCCCAGGCUACUAAAACUAAUAGUGGCAGUGUUACAAUUUUUUUUAACAUUUAUAUCCAUUUUUCCAUGUUAAUUCAAUUGUAAAAAAAAAAACGCAAAACAAAAACAAAAUUUAAAUGCCAGUUACAAUUGAGCAU